AAAGGGAGAGAUAGAGAAGGAAAGAAAUAGAGAGGGCAAAUGAAAGAGGGAGAGAGAGACGGCUGGAUGGUGAGAACAUAAGAGAGAGGAGAAUGAGGAACACAUCUAGUGUGGUAGUUUAAUUAAUUCAGAAUAUAUCAGAGGCCAUUGCCCUAUCAACGAUGGCCUCUUCUCUGCACCCAUUCGCCCUGAAUAAGGUGAUAUAAGUUAAUGAGACUGAAUUAAACUUUUUUUCUUUGUUCUUAGUGGCUAUUCAUGGAAAUCUCUCUGAAGUAAAGAAACAACUGCUCGGGGUUUGAGAUGAUUGAUCGCUGCUUUUCUGAAGGCUCUGCGGAGAACAGCGAUCCACACAAACCCAAGCAGCUGUUUCUUCACUCGUUUCACUCUGAAGGGUGAAGCAGCCCGAUCGACACCAGCGACCCUCGCCUGCGGAUAGCUCCGUCCGAAUAAAUCGAAUUUUCUGAUAAUUGAAUAAUCAAGUAACCCUGAAUGAUUUAUUUUUUGAUGAUCAUGAGACAGAAAUGAGCCUCAAACCUGCUUGUCAGACCGCUUUGUGCUUUAAUCAGGCAUCUUAAACAACUUCUAAAAAGCCUCCUGCAUUUGAUCGCGUGUGGCUCCGUGUUCCUUUUCUAUGACUGAAACGAAUUGCACGUGUGAACUCUAGUUUGCAAAACAAUUUCCCCAGAUUUUCAGUUCCGGUGAUUUGAUUUCACACGCACAACAAAUCGGAACUACAGAAGCAACGGGGGAGUGGUGUUCUAAUAAAUUAAUGCUGCUGUAUGAGAGAUGGCUUGUUUUGAUGUCGAACAGAUUAAAAAAUACCCACAAGAAGUGAAAAAGGUCGUAUUGAUAGUAAUCUGGUGUCCCAUGUUACAAAGAUCCCGUGCCAGGGGGUCGUGAGAGGAUUUGCCUGUUGUCGGAUUUUCAAGGAACAAACCCAGAAGCCGCGUUGAAAAAGGAAAACAAAACGAGGAAUGUUUUCAAAGCCAAGUUUAUGCGAUAAAAAUCGGUCCUUUCUUUCUUUGUAAAGGCAGAAUGGAAACGACUCUGUAGAAUAAAAGAAUGUCCUCCCCCACUCCUCCCUCCUCUCCCCAGAAGGUCUGCUACAGCCAGACCACCCAGACCGACGUUCUCAAGCCGUUGCUAGGCAACGCGGGGGCCCAGAACUCCGCCUCUGCUCUGAGGCGCAGGAGGCGUGUCCUGUCGAAGGAUGGGCGGAGCAACGUGCGGAUCGAUCACGUGACCGGGCGCGGCGCCCUCUACCUGAGGGACCUCUGGACCACGUUCCUGGACAUGCAGUGGCGCUACAAGCUCUUCCUGUUCUCUGCCACGUUUGCUGGGACGUGGUUUUUCUUUGGAGUUCUGUGGUAUCUGGUGGCGCUGGUCCACGGGGACUUACUGGAAUUCGACCCUCCUUCGAACCACACCCCCUGUGUGAUGCAGGUCCAGACGCUGACCGGCGCGUUCCUCUUCUCCCUGGAGUCGCAAACCACCAUCGGCUACGGCUUCCGCUGCAUCACCGAGGAGUGCCCGGUAGCCAUCAUCCUCCUGAUCGUCCAGCUGGUCCUCACCAUGGUCCUGGAGAUAUUCAUCACCGGCACCUUCCUGGCUAAAGUGGCCCGGCCGAAAAAGCGCGGGGAGACGGUGAAGUUCAGCCAGCACGCGGUGAUCUCCGACCACGACGGCCGGCCCUGCCUCAUGAUCAGAGUCGCCAACAUGAGGAAGAGCCUCCUGAUCGGCUGUCAGGUGACCGGGAAGCUCCUCCAAACCUCCGUGACGAAAGAAGGAGAGACGGUGAGGCUGGACCAGAGGAACGUGUCCUUCAGCGUGGACACGUCCACCGACAGCCCCUUCCUCAUCCUGCCGCUCACGUUCUGUCACGUGAUCGACGACGACAGUCCCUUCCGCGCGUGGGCGGCCAAAGGGGGUGGCUGGACAGACCCGGACCUGGCUGAUUUCGAGCUGCUGGUCAUCAUGAGCGCCACGGUGGAGCCCACUAGCGCCACCUGUCAGGUCCGUACCUCCUACUUACCGGACGAGAUCCUGUGGGGCUACGCGUUCCCUCCUGUCGUGUCUUUAUCGGCCAACGGCAAAUACGUGGCCGACUUUUCCUUCUUCGACAAGGUCGCCAAGACCCAAACCCCGCCCACUUUCAAGAAGCCGCCGCCCCCCAGCCCGAGCCCCGCCCCCCGCACUGGCCCCGCCCCCCGCUACGUCACUUCCUCCGGGAGCGACACGGACGCGGAGAAGGUGAAGCUGGAGCAGAGUUAUCGGGCGCGUUCCAGCAGUGCUGACAGAGCCCGAGGCAGAGGGAGAGAAAGAAGUCCACUCAGCGUUAGGAUUAGUAAUGUUUGAGGGGGGUCCUGUACGAAGGAAUGCCUGUUUGAAUUCUUGAAAGGGUAAUCAGCAAGGCUUCUAAUGAGAAACGCUUCUUGACUCUCCAGAGUCCCGUUUCAUUCCUCUGUCGAUUUUAUAUAGAGAGUAUUAUGAUCUGGAAUCCACAAUAUAGUACAGCUGUGGACCGACGUUGUGCAUCACCUAGAAUUAUAUAUAUAUAUAUAUAUAUAUAUAUAUAUAUAUAUAUAUAUAUAUAUAUAUAUAUAUAUAUAUGAACAUAAUUUUAGAUAUUUUAUUUAACAUCAUGUAAUCUAAUAUACAAAAUGAUAGUCUACCGGAAGCCAUAAUAGUAGUACAGUCUUAUUUCAUGUUAGAUUUCGGAAAUGCCCAGUUUUUCUGUUAAAGUAUAUGGAAAACUACAAAGCGCUGGGUGUGGAAUUCAAUAUGUUAACAAGGGAACAUUAUUCAGCAGCUUUCAUUGGACUCUAUGAAGCUGAGGGAGUUCAUUCUAUAUAGAGGGGGUGGAAUUCAAUAUGUUAACAAGGGAACAUUAUUCAGCAGCUUUCAUUGGACUUUAUGAAGCUGAGGGAGUUCAUUCUAUAUAGAGGGGGUGGAAUUCAAUAUGUUAACAAGGGAACAUUAUUCAGCAGCUUUCAUUGGACUCUAUGAAGCUGAGGGAGUUCAUUCUAUAGGGUGAUGAUGCAAUAUGUUUGGCCAUAGCUGCAUAUCCACUGGGCUACUUGAAUAAUGAAUAAUAAGAUUGAAUGACGAUUAUUUUGUUAAGAGAAAAAUUAAACGAGACAGGGAGACUGUAUUCAUCAACUAUGAAAUGCAAUUAUUCUUCAUUGAGAACCAGAGUGCUGCUGUGCUUUUGGUCUUGUAUCAGGAUACGAACGAUACAGACCUCUGUUACGAUACCAUAUGGAAAGAAAGCAUCGCAAUUCAUCCAAACUCAGCGAAUCAGUACACCCCUCUAUUCACUAUGCAGCAGGUAUUAGGCAAAACGAAACCCUAAACGCUGCUAAAAUAAUCACCAAGGAUGUCAACGAAUAUAUACACGCUUUGAAGGUCUUCGUCGCAACGGCUGAAAAUUCCUAAUGAAUCCCGGCUGAGUCCCACAGGAAUAACAGCCGGAUGUCUUCCGUUCUUCCCUUGAGUUCUGAUGUCCUUCGUUUUGAGUCCAGCCCUUGUUAAUUCAGGUGGAUUUAAUUACCUCGCAUUCAUUCCACGUUGCUUUGUAACAGACGACGUUGAUCGCGUGUCUCAAGCAGGCAUUCGUUCUCGGAUUAACCCUUCCCACAGUCCCCUGGGUGUGAAUGCCUGCCUCAUUAUGCACGUGAUCAACAAGGCGGGAUGGCAUUUAUAUAAAGCGGAAAGCUAGAGAAAAGUUUCUUGGUUUGGGUUUUCGGCAAAUGAUAAUCUUUCCCCUCAGUUAAUCUCCCUUUUAAAUAUGAGUUGUAAGCCACUGACUCCCUGUGUGUGUGUGUGACCCUGAGCAAGUCACUGAACCUCCAUGUACUCCGUCCUUCGGACGAGACGUCAAACAAACGAGCUCUUAUUGGAAGUGACUCUGCAGCAGCCACUGACUCCCUGUGUGUGUGUGACCCUGAGCAAGACACUGAACCUCCUUGUGCUCCGUCCUUCAGGAUGAGACAUCAAACAAACGAGCUCCUAUUGGAAGUGACUCUGCAGCAGCCACUGACUCCCUGUGUGUGUGUGACCCUGAGCAAGUCACUGAACCUCCUUGUGCUCCGUCCUUCAGGAUGAGACGUCAAACAAACGAGCUCCUAUUGGAAGUGACUCUGCAGUAGCCACUGACUCCCUGCGUGUGUGUGUGUGUGACCCUGAGCAAGUCACUUCACCUCCUUGUGCUCCGUCCUUCGGAUGAGACGAAAACCGAUGAGCUCCUAUUGGAAGUGACUCUGCAGCAGCAGCAGCAGUUGUUGAUGAUGCAGAGUUCACCCCCCUGGUCUCUGGAAGUCGCUUUGGAUAACAGUGUCUGCUAAAUGACUAACUCAUAAUGACACUGCAGUAGGUCAACUAAAUCUAACUGAAUUUAACCCAGCUUUCAAUAAUUGAACUAUUAAAAGCACAAAAGGUUAGGAGUCAGAAUUUAGCUCCGAUCACCCAUUUACUUGAAACAGAACCCUGUUCUUUAAACUACUGUAGAACUCUGCAAUAUACGGCAGUCUACCCUCCUACCCAACUUCUGUGCACUAUACCUCAUCGUAGAGACUGAUCGCAUAAUAUAUUGCACACUAUAACCUUAACCCUAAUUCUAACCACCCUGUUCUGGUACAAAAAAUGUUUUAAUCCUGUAUUUUGCAAAGAACAGUAUUUAAAAUAUAUGCUCGUUCUGUAACCCCAAGUCAGUGAAUGCAGACAGUGUCUCUAUUGUCAACCCCACACAACUGGACUGGGAUUGGAUCCAGAGAGAGAGAGACAGAGAGAGAGCGAGAGAGGGGGCUGUUUUUUCUUCACGUGGUUUGAAGAUAAUGCUGCCACAAGCUCAGCCCACGUGCUCACUCUUCUUUUCCUCUCUGUCCACCGGAAUAGAAGCGCUGGGUUUUAUCACAGCCAAUUGAGCAGGUGGACGAGGGUUAGGAAUGGGAGGGAGUGUGUACAGCAGCAACAGAAACCAUUCAACCCCAGAGGUAUCGGAUGGCAUUUGGGGUGGAUAUAUACAAACUGGACGGUCAACACUCUCCCUCCUCCCUCCCUCCCUCGCUCUUUUUUCUUUUGUUUUUUUUAAACAGUGGAGCACACAGAAACUAAACUUACGGAAACUAUACACAGUAAUAAAUACACACACACACACGCACAUUAUAUAUAUAUAUAUAUAUAUAUAUAUAUAUAUAUAUAUAUAUAUAUAUAUAUAUAUAUAUAUAUAUUACACACAAAAUGCUGGCCCAUUACUGCUGAUAGAUAGAUAGAUAGAUAGAUAGAUAGAUAGAUAGAUAGAUAGAUAGAUAGAUAGAUAGAUAGAUAGAUAGAUAGAUAGAUAGAUUGAUCUCUGAGCUUGAUUUUAACUCGGUGUGCUUAUUGGAAAUAGUAACUUUAACAAAACUGACAUCAGUUGAAGAAGUAAUCUCUGCCUGACCUGGAAUUUAUACAACGAACAACAGGAAAUAUAAACCAUUUUAACAGGGAAACUAAAAACUUUAUUUUUUUUUUGUAUAUGUCAGUUCUGGUACUUUUUACUUGAAAAUAAAGAUGAACUGAUUUUUUUAAAUGCAAUGUCGCCACCUGGAGUUGACAAGCGGUACUGCUCUGGAUUCGAGACUCGGUGGAGACACCUGGUGGACAAAACUCGUCAUUACACUGGAUUUUUUUAAAAAAAAUGUCAGUCAAACAACUCGACAGAUUGACGUCCAGUCACAAAAUGGAAUUUCAUGACUCUGCACACUGGAUAAGAGAGAAGGAAUACGUGAGAUUUUAAAAGGUUUUAUUUGAUCCCUUUUCAUGCAUGAGUUUUUUUUUUUUCAUCCACAUAUGAGGUCACCAUGCAUGAAAGGGUUAAUUGCUACAUUUGAAACCGGAGAAGAAAACGAGGUUUCCUGCACCCCCUCGUGUUGAAAAGCAGUACUGCGUCUUCUUACGCGAUAGAAACGAUUCUGAAACAGAACACGAUAGAAACGAUUCUGAAACAGAACACGAUAGAAACGAUUCUGAAACAAAAGCAGGGUGAAAAUGAUAGGCACUAUCAGAACCACGCUACCUACUCUUUAAAGGGUUAAUUAGAUACCCUUUUUUUUGCAAUAGAAAACCCCACUAUCAGCGAAUAUUGAAAAGGUUACACUGUGGUGUAUAGGCUAAAUAUCACAUGCUAUUAUUGAGUAUAUUUUCAUAGCACAGAAAUGUUAAUUAAACUUACAGCACUUAUGGGAAAAAGUAUUGUUAAUCAUACUAAGCACUUUUUAAUAUAUAUAUAUAUAUAUAUAUAUAUAUAUAUAGUCUAAUAGUAAAUAUAUAUCUAUAUAUAUAUUGUAUAAUAAUGGAUUUAAAAAAAAAAAAAAACUGUUGAAAAUACCAUAUACCAGCAGUAUAGAUGUUUAUAAAAAUAAAUGCAAUAAUUUUAAUUUUUAUGUGGAGGCGGGGGUGGGGGGGAUAAAUUUUAUUAAAAAAUAAGUUUUUAACAGAUAUUGUAUUUAAAUGUAGUGUUUAUAGAAAUCUAUUUAAUAUGUUACACAUUUGAUCUUGAUUUUCAGUUUUGUAGUUUUCAGCUUGAAACGUUCUAACUUUUAAUUAUGUGAAAUGUAUUAUUUUCAAUAAACAGAUAUGAAUCUUA